AUGACGUCAUCUGAUCACAGUGACAGAGACGACGACGGCGAUCGUAAUCGUCAUCAUCGGAGGUCAGUGAAUUUGGGGGCGCCGAGGAGCUUCGGAAGCGUGUUGAAAUAUUGUUCGCUGGAAACGUUCUUCCCAGACGAUCCGUUCUGUGCGCUCAAGUACGAAACGAGCAGACGGCGUCGAGCGGCGGAAGUGGUGCGCUAUUUCGUCCCAAUCUGCCGAUGGCUUCCGGACUACACUUUUAGGGUUUUCACUUGCGAUCUGCUGGCCGGGGUCACUAUCGCCAGCCUCGCAAUUCCUCAGGGCAUCAGCUAUGCUGAGUUGGCUCAAAUUCCGCCCGUCGUUGGCCUCUAUUCGAGUUUUGUUCCGCCGAUGAUAUACGCGGUGUUUGGAUCGUCGAAGCAUUUGGCAGUGGGGACGGUGGCGGCGUGUUCGUUGCUGCUUGCGGCCACCGUGGAAGAAGUAGCAUCUCCGGUUCACCAGAAGGAUUUGUUCCUCAAUUUGGUCUUCACCGCAACGCUUUUUGCAGGUUUCACGCAGUUUCUUCUCGGAAUUCUCAGACUUGGAAUAUUGGUGGAUUUUCUGUCUCAUUCGACGAUAACGGGGUUCAUGGGAGGCACUGCUGUCAUUAUCUCCUUGCAGCAAAUGAAGGGGAUUCUUGGCUUGAAGCAUUUUACUACAAAAACCUCUGUAGUCGAAGUUUUAAAGGCCAUUUUCAAAAAUAGGCAAGAAUGGAACUGGAAGUGCUUUGUUGCCGGUCUUAUAUUUCUUGUCGUCCUUCAGACCACGCGGUUUGUAAAGAAGAAGAGGCCGAUGCUUUUUUGGGUGUCGGCCAUUGGGCCGAUGUUGGUCGUCGUCUCCGGUUGCAUUUUCUCAUACUUUGCCCAAGCUGAGAAACAUGGCUUUCCCAUUGUAGGGCAUCUGAAGAAAGGGAUAAAUGAGUCCUCGAUUGGACGUUACAAUUUCAACUCCAAGUACCUACUAACUUCAGUGAAGGCAGGGGUAAUCACAGGAUUGAUUGCUCUCGUUGAAGGAAUAGCCGUGGGACGAAGCUUUGCGCUAUCUAGCAACGAACAAAUUGACGGCAACAAAGAGAUGGUCGCUUAUGGUCUUAUGAACAUUAUAGGCUCUAUGACAUCGUGCUACUUGACCACCGGUCCAUUCUCGAAAACAGCAGUGAAUGUGAAUGCUGGAUGUAGGACACCUAUGACAAAUGUGGUGCAGGCGAUAUGUAUGUUGAUGGUCCUCCUGUUUUUGGCCCCCUUGUUCAGCUACACCCCUCAAGUUGCGCUUUCAGCCAUCAUCGUUUCCGCGAUGCUUGGCCUCAUCAAGUACAAGGAGGCCUAUCGCCUCUUUAAGACCGAUAAAUUUGACUUUCUUAUUUGCAUGUCCGCCUUCCUCGGAGUUUCAUUCAUAAGCAUGGAUGUGGGACUCGUCAUCUCGGUAGGACUUGCCUUAACUCGAGGAAUGUUGUACAUUGCGAGGCCAUCAAGUUGCAAGCUGGGAAAACUACCAGGCAAUGUCAUCUUAUAUCGUGAUGUGGAACAGUACCCGGAGGCGGCAGGAGGAGAUGAAGCAGGGUUUCUAGUACUACAGCUUGGUUCUCCCAUUUAUUUCGCAAAUGCAAACUAUGUUAAAGAAAGGAUCCUAAGAUGGGUACGAGAAGAGCAAGGAUUGAAAAAUCCUUGUAAAGAUAAAGUUAAAUACGUUUUGCUUGAUUUGGGAGGCGUGACAGCCAUCGACAGCACAGGACUGGAAUCAUUAUUCGAAGUUCAUAGGCGUUUGGAGAAUGAAGGAAUCAAGAUGUUAUUGAUUAAUCCGAGGAUUGAGGUGACAGAGAAGUUGAUGGUCACAAAAUUUAUCGACAAGAUCGGUGUGGAUGCAGUUUUUUUGUCAUUAGAAGAAGCCAUUGAGAGUUGCAGCUACUCAACUUAA